UUUUAUCAUCAAGCGGGAACGUCAUUCGUCUAUAAUAUAGUGAUAAAUAUAAAUUACAAUUGUCCGAAUCCAAAAGCCAAACGAAACCAAGUAUUUUAUUUUCCACAUGUUUUUUUAUAAUUGACGGUGCAUUUUGCGCCAAAUGCUACGUUUACGUGAAGUACUUUGACUUAUGUAUGGAAUGUGUAUGAGAUAAACGACGGCAAAUCGGUGAUUAGUUACAAAACCAAGUGAAAAAGAGAGGUCAAACAUAAUUGGCGCCAUUUUUCGUGUUCACAAUUUUUAUUUUUUUUUAUUCGUGUAUAUACUAUACACACACAGAGAGACACAAAGAGAGUGUGAGAAAGGUGUAGCGAAGUUCAUUGCUUUUGUUGUCGGUUUUGCACGAGCGAGCAAAACGAACGAAGCUCUUUUCACUAGCAAUCUAUUUCAAACAGCCAAACACAUCAAACAAACAUAGAGAAAAUAGAUUUAAAUUAGUGUGCAGUUUAGUUUAAAAUAAACAACAAAUAAAAAUGUUGACCAAUGAUUCGAAUGAUGAGAUCGAUGAUAGAGUUAAACGCAAAUAUGUACACAUUUGCGAGGAAUUGGACAUCGAUGAAUUGAUAAUAGACCAAACAUGGGAUAAUUACCGAUCCAUUCGUAACGAUCAUACGCUAGAGGGUGGAGAGAUUCAAUGGCUUUGUUGUGCACUUUAUGUUCACCUAACUCAUAAAUCCAAUGAAUUAUCGGACAUUUCUUUAACAAAACUACUUCGUUUGUGCAAUAUAAAAAUUUAUGAGUUUUUAAAGAAAACUGAACAAUGGAUCAGUAUGGUGAGCACAUCGAGUGAAUGCCGUGAACGAUUCAUGCGUCUACGUACCAGUUUAUCUGUAUCGAUAUUGGCAUACGAAAAAUACUCAUCGAUUUUCUGUGAAUAUUUUACGAGCCCAAAUAAUUCAGAGGAAGCAGCGCUAGCGGCCACAUCAAUAUCAACGCCACAAAAGGGAAAAAAAUCAAAACAGGCCAAUAAAUGUACACCAAACAAUGUAUAUGAAUUUUGCUGGUAUUUAUUCAUAUUGGCACAAGGUGAAAAUUCCGAAUAUAACAUGGAUAUUGUGACAUCGUUUCACAUGCUAUUGUGUUGCAUUGAUUUGAUAUUUGCAAAUAUUGUGGCCGACAAACGUGAUGAUUUAUUGAAUAUGAAAUUCGGUCCAGCUGCUGCUGCACUUACAAAGGACAAAAAACCCAUUGACAACGAACCGGUUUCAAUAAUAAAAGAGUUGUGCACACAGCAGUCCACAUCCGAAAUUGAUGCACUUGAAAUUAAAUCACACAAUUGGAAAGAAUUGAUACAGAGAUUUUUCAAAGAUAAUGUUCUAAAAGGUAAUGCAAACACCUUUUUGGGCAUUUUAUCGGCACAAAACUACGAAAACAAUAUAAAAUCAUUGAAGAAACAGUAUGAAGCGUACGUUCGACGCGUUGGAAAAAUUGAUGAGGGAAUAUUUUUGCUACAGGCUCCAUCCGAUAAUGUAUCCGAUCCAAAAACACAUUCACAAAUCAUCAAAACAUUGGUACCUGAUACUCCGCUCAGUGCCCGGCACAAUUUGCCAAAUCGUGAUUCAGUUUUAGCAUCACCGGUAUCGAAUGCAACACAAAAUGUCAAUCGUUUGCAUCAACAUUUGAAUAGCUCAUCAGCCGAACCGAGUAAAAGUUUAAAAGAUCUCUUCAGCACUUGUGGCGUGAAUCCAUUACCAGAAGUCGAAUCCAUACUAAAAACCAUGCGCGAAAAAUUCCUCAACGAAUUUAAAACCAAUUCGGCCAACGAUCGUUUUGACUUAGCCGUUAAGCUUUAUUAUAAUUUACUUGAGAAGAUCAUUCGCAAAGAGCGAAGCCAAAAACAGAACUUUAAUCCAAACAUUUUGAAAAAUUCAAAAUUCCAUAUGAUGCUAAUGGCUACAUCGGUUGAAAUAGUCAUCUAUGCUUACGGCGCUUCUCACAAAUUCCCAUGGAUUUUGGACUGCUUCAAAAUAAACGCCUUUUACUUUUACAAACUGAUCGAAAUCAUCAUAUCGAAUGAAGAAGGCAUCUUAAGCCGUGAUCUCAUAAAACAUUUGAAUGCUAUCGAGGAACAAUGCCUUGAAUCGCUCGCUUGGGAAAAGGAGUCACCAUUAUGGGCAGAAAUUAAUGACUGGCUUUCUCGACAUCAUUCAUUACCAAAGCAAGAAGACACAAUUAGCAGUUCGAUUGGGCUAUUCUUUCGAAAAUUCUAUAAAUUGGCAUUUGUUCGCAUAGAAACGCUUGCCACCGAUUUAAAUUUAAAGACGAAUCAGUAUCUGCAAAAGAUAUGGACUACGUUUGAGUAUUCCAUUUUACAUCGCAUUGAUCUCAUGAAGGAUCGUCAUUUGGAUCAAUUGAUCAUGUGCUCUAUUUAUAUAUUUGCUCGUGCCCGAAAUCUACCAACCAAAUUCAAAGACAUCAUGACUGCAUAUCGUACACAACCGCAGGCGGAAAGUAAUAUUUAUCGUGAAGUAUUGGGAACGGACAACAAUCGUUGUGACAUCAUCGAUUUUUAUAAUCGCAUUUAUGUGCAUGAUAUGAAAGAGUUUGUUUUACGUCUAAGAGCAUCAGAUGAUGUGACAUUGUCACCGUUACCGGUCAACGUCCGUGCCCAGCAAUAUCCGCGCAAAAUCUCACAGAGCCACAGUAUCUAUGUACAGGAGCUGCAGAGCAAUGAAAUAUUACAGUCACCCGAUCCAAUCACAUACACAUUCAUCUCGAGCCCAAUUCAGAGUUUCAGGAAGAUUGAGGCAUUAGGAGGUGAAGAGCACAAUUCGAAUGGAAAACGAACUUUACCGUUCAACGGUGGUGAACAACCGGAAAAACCACCAAUUGUCCCAUAUACAAAUAAAAAAUUACGCAACGUUAUGACCGAUCGUCAAGAAAUAUCCGACAAAUAACAAUAACACAAUCAAAACGAAAGAAAAUUAAAUUAAAAAGCACAUCUAUAUUCCUCUGAAACCGUAAUAAUUAUGUAACAGUAACCAUAAUUGAAGUAUCUGUUAAGAAAUACACUCCUUUUAGUAGAGAGAUGCACUACACACAAUUUUUUAGAGUAAAUUUACCGUUUUAAUUUUCUCCUUUUUUAAAAACUGUAUAUCGAUUUCAAAAUCUACAUUUCUGUAUUUAAAAUCAAAUACAAAUUGCAUGUUCACAUUUUUAUGUAACGAGACAAAAAACGCAUGACGUUAGGAGAUUUUGUUUUAGAUAUAUUCAUUUUAUAUUAAUUUCAACAUAUUUAAUUUACUUUUAAAUUUAAAGAGAGAGAGAGAGAGUAAGAGAGAUAGAGAAAAAAGAAAGAUAGAGAGAGAUAGAGAAAAAAAAACACUGGAGGCAGCAUUUUCAUGUUUACUUUUAGCGGAAAAUCUUUCAAUAAUUUAUUUUAUUAUACACAUAUAAAUAUUUUUCAUUUUUCGGAGACAUUUCGGUAGAACAUUCGAGCAGUGUUUUAUCGAAAUUUCAUUGCUGAUAUUUAAUCUAUUGACGCAUAGUUUGGAAAAUAAAAUAAAACUUAUACGAA